AUGCAUAAGCUGUGGUUUACCUUCACGCUGUGUCUUGUGCUGGCCGCGAUCGGUUCUUACGCGGUCGACGCCAAGAAGAAGCUGAUCAACAACAAGUACGGCGAUGGUGACUUUGAGUUCAUCGAUGAGGACGAUAAGAGCAAUCAACAGCCGCAACAGCCGAUGGACUCGGUUUCAUCCAUGCAGAUGAAGCAGGACCAACAGCAAAUGAUUCCGGAGAAGAAAAAAUGGAUUCACGACCCAUCAAGUGAUCUCUGCAAACCGCUCAACUGCAAGAAGAAAGAACUCUGUCUGCUGGAGGACGCGUACACGGCCGUCUGCGUUUCGAAGAAGGAACUACACAAGAACAAAUUCAUCAGCAGCUAUAACUCACUAGCAAACAGGGAGGAAAUAAUCACCAAGAGCAAAUACUUCGAAGAGGAGGAAGCGAAACGCAAAGCGGACGCGGAGGCAGCAGCAGCGGCAGCAGCUGCAGCCGCCGCGGCUGCAGCAUCGGGCCUGAACGGGGCCAUCGGGGGCGGUGUGGCUGGUGUGACCGAUACCGGCAGCAUGACGUUGAUGGCGGCCAGUGGCGAUAGUAGCACCGGAAGCAACGCAAACGACGGUACGAGCAGCGGGCUGGAGCAUGAGGAACGCGAGGACGACGAAAGCUCGUCGCAGGAUGACGACGUGUUUUAUGACAGCGAGAAGGAGGAGGACUGCAAACCCUGUCCGGUGGUGAAACCCACUUAUCUGUGCGGCAGCGACAACUGGACGUACUCGUCGCUCUGCCGGCUGGAGUACCACAACUGCAUUCACACGACGGAAGUGAAGGUCAACUGUAUGGGUUUCUGCCCAUGCAAAGAUGCUAGCCUGCUUCUUGAUCUGAAAAAACAGCAACGGAUGGCUGACCGGAUGAGUGCGUUCAACGCCAAGUACCAGCGGACGAUCGACAGCAAUGACAUCAACGCAGACAACCUCAUCCCGUCCGGCAAGCAGCAGCUCAAGGAGGAAAAGAACCGUCACUACAACCACAUCAACUCACAGUACACUUUCACGCCCGAGGAGAUCAAGUACGACAACAAGCACUACAAGUACAUCAAGUACACGACGUACAAGGGCAAGCCUUCAUUGCCGUCGGCAUCCCGUCAGUAUGAUGGUUACGGUUCGUCCACCAGUGGUUCGACCCGCCUGACAGCCGAGGACAAGCACAAAAUCCGAGGAUACAACGAGAUGCUCGAUAAGCCGCCCAGCACCGGUAACACCAAUAACGGCAACGGCAAACCAUCCAAACAGUCCGGCAGCGUGGCACGUUAUCCGAUGAAAUCGAGCGAAUGCAAACCGCAGCAGCUGACGGCCAUCGGUAACCGGCUGCUCGAUUGGUUCUCGGUAAUCAUGGCGGACAGCAAGAAGCGGCGUCAGCAUCAGCAGCAGAAGAACAAGGUGCACUUUCCCGCCGCCUGCAAGCUGGAGGCACGCUGGAUGUUUGGCCAUCUCGAUCUGAACAACGAUGGCGAGCUAUCGACGCAGGAGCUGUACGAUCUGGAGCACGAUCAGAACGAGCGGUGCAUCAAACCGUUCAUCGAUACGUGCGAUCUCGAUCAGGACGGCACGAUCGAUCCACGCGAAUGGUGCCGUUGCUUCGAGAAAACCGAUCGCCCGUGUGCUGCCGUCCGGCGACGUCUCGGUAACGAUCUGAGUGGUUCGUACGCUCCAGAUUGUGACAGUCAAGGAUUUUACAAGCCGACCCAGUGCCACCAGGCGGUAGGCGUGUGCUGGUGUGUGGAUGAGCACGGUGUCGAGUUUGCCAACACGCGUACCCGUGGUAAACCCAACUGUGAAGAAAUCAUAAACAAUGCUACAACACUUAACUCCGACGAUGAGGACACGGAAGAUUCGGACGACGAUGACGAUAGCCAGGAGGGUAGCGCUGAUCGUCUGCUGGUGUUUUAA